CCGGGGACACGCGCACACACGCACCCGAGUCGCAGGAUUUUCUACUGCUGCUACUGCUCCCUGCCCUUCUCGGCUUCUCUCCCCUUCCCUUCCCUUCUCGCUCGCUUCCGCUUCCGCUUCCUGCUGCUGCGCGCCUCGGCUCGCGGGGAAAGUCCAGCGGAGUCUCGCCGUCGCGGGAGUGCGGAGUCCGGGGGCGCCACCUCGGCGCCGGAGGAGGGAGGGUCGUUUGUUCGCGGUGCUGCAGCGGAGGAGGAGGGGUUGAGUUGAGGCCCGGAUCGCCGGAUUCCGCCGCGGGCUCGCUCGGAUCGAGGAGGCGCGGAGGGCUGUGGCUACGCCGGCCGCAAUUCCCGCGGUGUCCGCCUUGCGUUCCGACACGCGGGGCUAGGGGGCGGAGCUCCCGUGCCUGCUUCGCUUGCUUCCUUGCCUCGUCCUGCCUGCCUUGCCUGCCUGCCUGCUCGGUGCCGCUACUCGCUCCCUCGCUCGCUUGGUUCCGCGCGCUGGCGUACAGGACGAAAAAGGUGGUGGGGAGGUGACGCGUUCGCGCGGCUCCGGUUUCGGCUGCCACCGGAGGAGUCGCAAUCUCGCCUAGAUUUGCCUUGCUGCGGCGGGGGAUGCUGCUUGGACGCGCGGCGGAUCUCGACGACCGUUGUUCCUGCGCCGCGGAGUGAAAAGGUACGGUUCCCUCCGGCAGGAUUUUGUUGAUGGUGCCGUCGGGGCAGCCCAACCCGAUGGGCGGCCCGGGCCACCAGCAGGUGGUGGGCGCGUCGCUGCUCCGGACCAGCUCCAGCCUCCUCGGCGGCGGCGGAGCCGGCGCGGGUGCCGGUGGACAGCCGGGGAUGGGGAUGGGGAUGGGCGGCGGCGGCGGGGUGCUCCCUUCGCAGUCGCCCUUCUCGUCCCUCGUCUCGCCGCGCACGCAGUAUGGCGGCGGCGGGAACGGCUUGCUGGCGGGCGCGUCCAGCGUCGCGUCCAUGCUCAGCAGGCAGCAGUCGUAUGGGAAUGGGGGGACUGGGGCAAUGCCGGGCACCGGUGCUGGUCUCCCCAUCGGUGGGAUGCAGCAUAGAGGCGGCCUUGAUGGCGUUGGUGAUUUGGUUGCCACUGGAGGGCCCGAUUCCAUGGUGUUCUCGUCCUCGGGCCCUGGUAGUUUGGGCAACCAGCUUGGUGCUGACGGCUUACAGCAGCAGCAGCAGCAGCUGGAUGCACCACAAGAUUCACAAAAUCAGCAGCAGCAGCAGCAGCAACAGCAACAGCAAAUGUCAAUGGCAUAUAAUCAGCAGCAUAUGAUGCCACAAACUCAGCAGCAGCAACAGCAGCAGCAGCCUGCAGUGAAGUUGGAGAACGGAGGCGUCCUUGGCGGGGUCAAACUGGAGCAGCAGAUGGGGCAGCCUGAUCAGAGUGUUUCCACACAGAUGCUGCGCAGUUCGAGUGGCGGCGUGAAGCUCGAGCCGCAGUUGCAAGCGUUGAGGAGCUUGGGUGCUGUCAAGAUGGAGCACCAAAGCUCAGACCCAUCUGUGUUCCUACAGCAACAGCAGCAGCAACAUAUGAUGCAGCUGUCUAAGCAGAACCCCCAGGCUGCAGCUACUCAGUUGAGUCUCCUACAACAGCAGCAGCGGUUCUUACAGCUGCAGCAACAGCAACAGCAGCAGCAGAUUCUCAAGAACCUGCCUUUGCAGAGAAACCAAUUGCAGCAACAGCAGCAGCAGCAGCAACAGCAACAACAACAGCAGCAGCAACAUCAGCACCAGCAGUUGCUUCGUCAACAAAGUCUGAAUAUGCGAACUGGUAAAACACCUGCUUAUGAACCAGGGACCUGUGCAAAGAGAUUGACACAUUACAUGUAUCACCAGCAAAACAGGCCACAGGACAAUAACAUCGAGUACUGGAGAAACUUUGUCAAUGAAUACUUUGCCCCAAGUGCCAAGAAGAGGUGGUGCGUUUCUCUCUAUGGCAAUGGUCGUCAAACUACUGGAGUUUUCCCUCAGGAUGUUUGGCAUUGUGAGAUAUGCAAUAGGAAGCCAGGCCGAGGUUUUGAAACGACGGUUGAGGUCUUGCCACGGUUGUGCCAAAUCAAAUAUGCCAGUGGUACACUUGAGGAGCUUCUGUAUGUUGAUAUGCCAAGAGAGUCCCAAAAUUCAUCUGGACAGAUUGUUUUGGACUAUACCAAAGCGAUCCAGGAGAGUGUCUUUGAGCAACUGCGAGUAGUUCGUGAGGGGCAUCUAAGAAUUGUAUUCAACCAAGACCUGAAGAUUGCAUCUUGGGAGUUCUGUGCCCGGCGUCACGAGGAACUUAUUCCUCGGAGAUCAAUCAUACCACAGGUCAGUCAACUUGGUUCUGUGGUGCAAAAGUAUCAGUCUUCCGUUCAAAGUUCAGCAUCGCUCUCAAGUCAGGACCUGCAAAACAAUUGUAACUCGUUUGUCGCAUGUGCUCGCCAGUUGGCUAAGGCAUUGGAAGUGCCGUUGGUAAAUGAUUUAGGAUACACGAAAAGAUAUGUCCGCUGCCUCCAGAUUGCAGAGGUGGUCAAUUGUAUGAAAGAUUUGAUUGAUCACAGCAGGCAGACUGGGUCUGGUCCAAUAGAGAGCUUGCAUAAAUUCCCUAGGAGGGGGAAUUCAGGGGGGGUUAGUUCUGUUCAAGCCCAGCAGCCAUCUGAGGAGCAGAAACCUGUUCCACAGAAUUCUAACCAGAGUGGUCAAAAUUCUGCUCCUGCAACUGGAAUGCAAAUCUCUGCCUCUGUCAAUGGUGAUGCUGCGUCAAACAAUUCACUCAAUUGUGCACCAUCUACUUCCGCACCAUCUUCUUCAUCUGUUGUUGGUCUCCUCCAAGGCUCAGUAAGUGGCAGACAAGACCAUCCAACAAGCAGUGGCAAUGGUCUGUAUAAUGGUGGAAACAGUGCUUCAGUUGCUAAGGCCAACUCAACGAACUCCAUGCAAUCAAAUGGGCCAGCAUCGUUUCCUUCACCAGCACCCUCGGCAUCAAAUGGCAAUAUGAUGCCUGCUCCUCAGCACUCAAGCCAAAUGAAUUCGCCAACCAUGUCAUCAAACCCACCUCCUAUGCAAACACCUACAAGUCGACUUCAGGAACCUGAGCCAAAUGAGUCUCAAAGCUCGGUCCAGAGGAUAUUGCAAGACUUGAUGAUGCAGUCCCAUAUUAAUGGUGUUGGACCAGUGGGAAGCGAUAUGAGGAGAGCAAACACAAUUACUCCUGGUCUUAAUGGUGUCAACUCCUUAGUUGGUAACCCUAUGACAAAUAACCCUGGAAUCAAUGGAAUGGGAUUUGGGGCUAUGGGUGGCCUUGGUCAACAAAUGAGAACGGCAAUGGGGACCAACGCAUUGGCAAUGAAUGGAAGGACCGGGAUGAAUCACAGUGCGCAUGACCUGACACAGUUGAGCCACCAGCAGCAACAGCGAGAUUUAGGAAACCAAUUGCUCGGGGGCCUUAGAGCUGCAAACAGCUUCAAUAACCUUCAAUACGACUGGAAAUCGGCUCAGUAGAGUGAGCAGGAGUCAGAAAGGUCGCACCUGAUAUUAUACAGUUAUCCUUGCUGGGUCCAUCACUGACAACACAAAAGUUACGUCGCCACAACCUGCCCUCCCUCGGAAGUGGCGGGUUCUUACUGAUGGUGCAUGCUACAUGUUACAGCAAAAAGGAAACAUUAGCGAUGAUCGGUACAUGUUACAACAACUGUCUGUAUGGCUGUGUUCCUUUGUAUUCCGCCUGUGGAAUUCAUGUCUGCUUAGGCGAUCCUACCGCAAAAAUGAGAUCUGUGAAAUGAGAGCCUACUUUCACUUGUGCCCAUUGGGGCAAGUGUUGGCGGAUUCCAAACUGGGGGGAAGAUCAGAGCGUCUUUCCCCUGUUUUUUCGGGUUGGAUGACGAUGAUUUCUCUCUUCCAGUCUGUACUCUUGUGUACCAUGGCUCUCCGUAAGUUGUGAAAGCAUGAGUACCUAUUUCCACCUUUGAUGGCCAAGAAUCUCAUUGUAGCUGUGCUAUACUAUGUAUAAGCUGUUAUUUACUAGUGGAAAGCAUCAGGAAAAUUUUCUAAAAGAGGGUGUGAAUCAUGAUGUCUCAUCUGUGUACCUGUUCUUCGGAUGAAUGAUCUCGUUUGGUUGCUUGAUAGCAGCAGGUUGAUCUGUAUACAUGAGCACAGCGUGUUGUCAUUCGCUGACACUCACUAGUAUUGCUAAACACCGCUCUAGG